AUGUCUUUUACACCGAGAACACCCUCUCCUAAGCCGCAGCGCCCACGCACUGCUCAUUAUCGGCGCCACUCCGUGGAAUCCCCGAUCACCGUGAAGCAAUGCAUGUCAGGACCGGAAUUAGCAUCCGCCGAUCGUCGUGCCCAGCUCAUAAAGCAGCCAUCGCCAUUCGAUUCCCCAACAUUCGCCUUCCAAAGCACAUCCGCCAAGGAGCACGAAUUUAGGCAAUUCUUAAUACGGACGUCAAAUCUCGUUCCUAUCGAGUGUCCCCUUGACCGGCUUUCUUCAUACGGUAGCCCGUGUCCCAUGUUCCCCAAGACCCUCUCAAAUUCUAAAAAUACCGAUGGCGAAAUCGACGAGCCGUACGAGCCGUUCCAUUUCAAAAAUAGCAAGCGGUUCCUCGCUUUUGAACUAUACAAGCUCUCACGCGCUGAAGAUCUGCACUGCGAGCCUAAUUUUCUCAGCCAUGGUAACGAAAUUAUUCCACAAAAACGAAGCACGGUUAUGGACACAGACAAGGACGGGGAAAGUAGCGGGAACCAUUGGCGUUCCUGGCGGGAAAUGGUUGGCAUUGUGGACGGAGACGCUACGGGGGAAGAACAUGUGAAAAAACGGGCGAAACUGUGCAAUCCGGAUACUGCUACCAAUGACGGCCUUGUCGCCUCCCAGCAGCUUCCCUGCCUGCGAGUACAUCAACUUUGCGCUGCCCGCUACGGAGAAGAUUCAGGCUCGAGUUGA